CUGAAACAUGGCGUUACCCAUAGCCAAGUGCCUGGCAGUUCAUGCCUGUUUGUUAGUAAUAACUUUAAUAUUUCAGUCCGUUCUUACCGACAACCCUGCCGGAGACACUCCUCACAGGCGCUUCGAGUAUAAAUACAGUUUCAAAGGGCCGCACCUGACUCAGAGUGAUGGAAAAAUCCCAUUCUGGGUACAUACUGGGAAUGCCAUUCCAAGUUCAGAUCAGAUUCGAAUCACCCCCUCUUUGCGGAGUCAGAAGGGUUCAGUAUGGACAAAAUCACCUGUAAGUUUUGAAAACUGGGAGGCUGAAGUGACGUUCCGUGUGUCCGGACGAGGACGGAUGGGAGCUGAUGGGCUGGCCAUAUGGUUCACCACUGCUCAAGGUUUUGAUGGCCCUGUGUAUGGGGCCGCCGAUCGGUGGAACGGCGUGGGAAUAUUCUUCGACUCAUUUGAUAAUGAUGGAAAGAAAAAUAACCCCACUGUCCUGGUGGUGGGUAACAAUGGAAAACUUGUUUAUGAUCAUCAGAAUGAUGGGACAACCCAGUCUCUGGGUACAUGCCUUAGAGAUUUCAGGAACAAACCCUACCCUAUACGUGCCAAAAUCAUCUACUACAAGCAAACAUUUUCGGUUUUCAUUAAUAACGGCUUCACUCCUGAUAAAGACGACUAUGAGUUCUGCACCAAAGUUGAGAACAUGAUCAUUCCUCAUACCGGAUACUUUGGCAUCUCUGCAGCCACUGGGGGACUUGCAGAUGACCAUGACGUGCUGUCAUUUUUGGUGUUUAGACUUACUGAGCCCGGGCAGAAUCUGCCUCCCCCUGAAAAAGAGAUUCCCAAAGAGGAGCAGGACAAGUACCAGGAGGAAUUUGAGAAUUUCCAACAAGAGCUGGACAAAAGGAAAGAGGAGUUUCAGAAAGAGCACCCUGACGUUCAGGGGCAGCCCAUUGAGGACCUGUAUGAGAGCGUGAACGACCAGGAGAUCCGUCAGGUGUUUGAGGGCCAGAAUCGGAUCCAUAUGGAAAUCAAGCAGUUGAAUCGCCAGGUGGCCAUGAUUCUGGACGAACAACGCCGUUACGUGUCCCUCAUCACAGAAGAGAUCUCCAAACGUGCAUUGCAAGCACAGUCAGGACAGGCUCCCAGUCAUGAAAUGGAAACGAUUGUCAACACGCAACAGGAAGUUUUGAGAAACCUUAAUGAAGUAAGGAACUCGUUGGCAGGCUCACUGAAGCAGUUAGCAGUGGGUCAACAGCAGGGUAACUUAGGGGGCCUGGGAUCGUAUGAGACAAUCCAGCACUUCAAUGACAUCAAAGAGCAUUUACAUGUGGUCAAGAGGAACAUCGAACAUAUCAUUCAGAAAAAUGCGAAUCCUGCAGAAAAGAUGAAUUGUCCUGAACUUCCUCCAUCACCCAGCUGCCUCUCCAGCACACACUUUGUGAUCUUCAUCGUCAUUCAGUCCCUCGUCUUCUUCGGCUAUGUUAUGUACAAGAGUCAACAGGAAGCAGCAGCUAAGAAGUUCUUUUGAUGCAGCGGUGAUCUUGAUACAAACAGAGGAGGAAUUGUCCAUUUUUGUUAAUUUUCAGUUUUUGUUUUUUUUUCUGUUUGCAAACUGUAAAUUAUUGUACUUGAAAACGAAACUUUUGUUUGAGGAUUUUUUUCUUUUCUUUUAAAUUCUUGAUUUUUAAUUUGAUCAGAUAUGUACAGAAUUUGAAUGGGUGCACUUUUUUCCAAGUUUGUGUGACAUUUUUGACUGAAGAUUACCAAAUAUGAUUUAAUAUAUUCCUUAUAUAGGCAUUAUAUUUGCAUUUGAAUAUCGCACCAAGAAUCAUUUAAAGAACUCAAUCACUGUCCCUGGGCACAUUCCGAGCUAUGGGAAAAGUUGGGUAGGAUAAAGCACAUUUACAACCUUUACAAAAAGGCUGUUUUUUUUUUGUUGUUGUUGUUGUUGUUUAUUUCUUCUUACAAAAGUGUUAGAGCCUAAUUGUAUUGGUGGAAACAAGCAUACCAAAUCUGAAUGUGCAUUGAAUCUUUAAAACAUGGAAAAAAUGUUUUUCUUCUCAAACAAUUUACAUAAAACACAGAUAGGAUGACCUUUCCGUGUUUCUCAUUCUGUCAACUUGGAGCAAACCAAAACAUUUUGGAAUGUUCACUUUGGGGGCUGUUCAGACCAAACACGUUC